AUGGCCGCCUCUACCGUUCAGAACCCCGCGGUCCAGACCGAAUCCAAGUCGGCCAAGAAGAAGAAGGCCAAGGCCGCCGCCGCCGCUGCUGAGCGCACUGAUUCUCCUGCUCCUACUGCCUCUCCCGCCCCCGAGAAGGCGGAUGGCUCCGAUGAGUCCGGCGAGAGCCCUUAUGUUCGCGAGUUGCAAAAGAACAUCCGCAACACCAACAAGAAGCUUACCAACGCCUCCAAGAUCGACGGUCUCAUUGCCGAGAACACUGGCAAGUCUCUUGACGAGCUCGUUGCGUCGCGCAUUAUCAAUGCCGACCAAAAGGCUCAGUACUUGAAGAAGCCAGCUCUGCAAGCUCAGGUCCAACAAUACGAGGAGCAGCUUGCUCAGUACAAGAAGAUCGACCACGAGUACCGCACUCGCGCCGCGAGCGAGAAGGCUGAGUUGGAGAAGGCUUUCGCCGAGAGGUUGGAGAAGGAGAAGGCAGAGGCCGUCGCUGAGGUCAAGGCCAAGGCUGAGGGAGACUCUUCUCAGUCCCUUACCAGCAAGCUCCUGGUUCUGUCGCAGUUCCUCCGUCUUGCCGCAGCCCGCCGUUCCGAGGAGGCCGACCAGUCCAUCGACGAGAACCUCGCCCUCGAGGGAACCCUCCUUGCCAUCUACGCAGGUGACGACAGCGCUGUCGCCGCCAUGUUGAAGCUCAUCGAGGGCACCGACGAAAAGACCCACGGUGUCGCUGGCGAGGAGCUUAACACCACCUUUGGUCAGGUCAAGCUAGCUGCCCAGGCCUAUAAGAUCGCCCUGGAUGAGCCUGCUCCUGCUGAGACCGAGGCCGAGCCCGCUACCGACCCCACCGUCGCUAACGCCACCGUGAACGAGAUCGAGGCCGGCGACGAUAUUGCCCUGACCAACGGCCACCCCGAGCAGAACAUCGAGAGCCAUGCGAACGCUAACAUCACCAGCGGCUCUGGAAACGCUGCUGGCGAGAAGUGGGACCAGAACGAUAACACCUUGUCCGAGUCCCAGGAAUGGGUCUCUGUUCCUCGUGAUCCCGUCGAGACCGAGACUGGCAUCGAGGCCACCCCUGCCGCCGCCUCCAACACCCAGUCGUGGGCCGACGACCAGCCCGAGCACCACGAGAUUCAGCAAGAGGCUCCUGCUCCCGCUGCUGAUCCUAACGACGGCUUCCACCAGGUUCAGGGACGCAACCGCGGUCGCGGCGAUCGUGAAGGCGGUUCUGGCCACCGUGGCCGUGGCCGUGGUGAGUGGCGCGGCCGCGGCGGUUUCCGCGGUGAGGGUCGUGGACGUGGCCAGCGCGGCCAGCGUGGCGGCUCUGUGUCGAUGCGCGGACCUCGUCGUAAUGAAGAGUCGUAG